AUGGGCAGGGGAUUCUCUGCGUCGGCGUCUGGGGCACUCUGCCUGUGUUCCGGUGUUUCUGCUGCCGUGGUGAUGAAUUUCUAGAUUGUUUGCGUGCAUUUUUGCCAGCUAUGGCGGCGCAUUUCGCCAGCCCGAGCUUCACAUCCCAGGAUGUAGGGUUUCGGAGUUGUAAUCUGGUGCUGUCUAUUCGGGAUAACAGGCUUUGUUGGAAUGGGCAUGUCGGAAAUCUGCGACGCGCCAGGACGGCAGUCGUAGCGCCCUUGCGAAUGGCUUUGUGCAAGGUUGCGGGUUUUGGUCCGAACAGGACAAGCUCGUCAUUCGUGGCGGUGGGAAAGACGGGGUUUAACGAAGACCGCGUGGAGUUCGCUAGGGCAGCAUCAUUAAUGGAUAACAAACUUCGCGGUUGCGACCGAAGGAGAACGAGAAGACUAUCUGGGCUCUCACCUGUAGCAGAUGCUGCACGGAUUUUUGCUUUUGCAGUAGAAUGGCAACCAGCUGUGGAGCAGUUGAUGUUUGUGACCAGUGUUGCGCUUGUGUACUUAGCUGGGAUUGUCACUCCUAGAAAGACAGCCUUGAUUGAACGCACCGUAGACGUCUCUCUCCCGCGUACUGGUCCUUCCUUGGAUGAAGGGGCAGCCGUGUCUCAGCAGUUUAAAAGAGAAUAUGAAUUUGAGGAAUCUGAAUCGGAAGUUCAAGAACGUGACUCAUGGGGUAAGGUCCAAGCGAAGUUUGGCGCAGCUCUUACCAGAUUAGCUAGGAAAGAGAAGGAUGUGGGUUCUUUUGAGAGCAGAGAUAGAGCAGUUAGGAACCCCGUGCUGAACUUGCAAGCUUUAGAGUCUGGUUCAAGGCUUCGGUUGCUUGUGCUUGCUUUGGAGCAACUUCGCACAGAGGUUGAUUCCAUAAAUGUAAGCAGUAAACUAUUGCCAGCAGCAGAGUGGUCAAAGCUUGCACUGGAUGUGCUUUGUGGGUUGGUUGAGCCUAUUUGUAAAACAUGGCUUGCCCAAGAACCUCGUUUGGUGGGUGUAAAUCAGCAAAGUCCAGCUCAAAUGGUAGAUAAUGGUAUUUUUACGGUGGAGGAACCGACGAAAGUUUCGGGCGGCUUGACGGGUGCAGUGGACCCUUCACCUACACAGAAUGCCGACAGCAUAAGUCAAGGGAAAGCGUUGGUUUUAGAUUAUCUGCAACGAACUGGAAAGACAGAUCUGUACAUUGAUUUGCUUUUCUUUCUUCGAUUUCAGACGAUGAGGCCAGGUAGCUGUUGUGACUGUAUGGUGAUGUCAAGGCAUGUUGGUAAUGCUCUUGAGGAUCUUGUAGUUGCACUAGCUGACGGAGCAGCUGCUAUUUAUUUGGGCAGAGAUCCACAAAUGGGCGGUCGAGAUAGUGACUGGCCAAUCUUAGUUCGGCCCUCUAUUAAGUCCACAAGAGCACUUGAGAGGUUUCGAAAUGAGAUUGCAUUGCGGGGUUGGUUUCAGCGCAAUUUUACAUCUGUCGCAGCCAUGUUUGAAGAUCGUUUUGAACUGUGGACAAUAGACACACUUCGCGAUUCUGAAGUAGCCACACCCAUUGAGAGUCAGCAGACGACAAAAGAUGAUGGUGUUACGGAGAUUAGACUGAAACCGAUUGAGCUGCCAGCACGACGCAGCAAAGAGCUGAGGGCGCUUACUGGCUGGAGAUACGUCUACAGCUUGUACUUGGAGCUUUCCGACAUAGUGGGUCCACUACUUCAAGUUCUUGGAAAGAAAUUGGGAGGAGCUGUAUCUUUUCUGCUUGUGCGCCUCAUUGGUCGUUCCCUUGGUCUAAUUUUUGAAGGUAUACGUCAGAGUGUGCGCUGGGCUUCUAAGUAGAAAUUUUGGUACCUGUCACUUGAAAUCUUGAGCAACCCUCAGGAUUUAGUGCUCGUGCUCCGAAGCUUGCUGUGCAACAUCAAUUUUUGUUUGGUCAUUCAUCUUGUAGAUUUGAGCAAUAUUUCUGGAUGUACCUUGCCCUUGUUCUUAUGACAGAGAAAUUAAUACAAUCACCUUAAUCUUUUUGUUUUU